CAGCAACAACUUUGUACGUGUGAGUUAAUAAAUGGGCGUUGUAUACUUGUAUGAACGCCCCACUUUUUCUCGCUUAUUCCGUAGCUCGCUCUCUUUCUUUUAAAAACACAAAACAAAUUCCCACCAAGUUUCUUUGCCACGAGUCAUCAUCAUCAAUUUUCUCCAACACUUGGCUCCAAAACCCUAAUCUAUCUCAAUCACCGAGGCCAUGCUGCCGUCGGGAGAGGAAGCCGCCACAUCCUGUCGCUUCUGUUCGAGCUUCACCGUCGAGAAUGGCGGUUCUCACGACAGUGAUAUCAACGGAUCCGGACAUCGAGGCUGCAUGCAUUGCAAAAGAUCCGAUCCUUCUUCUUCAACUUCUUGUUACUCUUGCUCAUCGCUCUGGCUUGACCUUGUUCCAUUUAAGGAAUCGGAGAAUCUUCGAAGAAUCAUCACUGCCUCGGCUAAAGGUUUCUCAAUUGGAGCUGGUCUCAAAGGCGGCUUAGCUCUCUUCUCACUUCUCGCUCGGCUUAGACGCACUCGAUUAUCGUCCUCUGCUAGGAAAAUUGAGGUGUUUUCAAAUAAGGAAGCAAUUGCACUAGCUAUAAAAGAGACACUUAGAUACGGUCUUUUCCUUGGAACAUUUGCUGGUACAUUUGUUUCUGUGGAUGAGAUUAUCGGUGCUUUGGGGGGUCAUCGUAGGACGGCGAAAUGGAGGGCUCUAUUUGCUGGCUUGAUAGCAGGGCCUUCGAUGCUGCUUACUGGACCAAACACGCAGCAUACAAGCUUGGCAAUAUACAUACUGAUGCGUGCUGCAGUGUUGGCGUCGCGUUGUGGAAUAAAGAGUGAACGGUUUGGGAGAUUUUGUAAACCUCUUACUUGGAAGCAUGGUGACAUCUUCCUUAUGUGCCUCUCUUCUUCACAAAUUUUGUCUGCUUACAUAUUGAAGCAAGACAGUUUGGCUCCACCUUAUCGGUCCUUUCUGAAUAAACAUGGUGGGAAGGAUAUUGUCAUUUUGCAAGGAGUGAAAAAUAUUGCAUGUGGCUUGCCUUUCUCUAAUUUGGAGGCAAUAGAGAAACAUUACAAGGCCACUGGUGUUGACAUCAAACUAGAUCCAGGAAUGAAAGUUCCCUGCUCAAUCAUUCAUGGAAAUCAGUCUUGUGUUGAACAUGUCGUGUCUUUCCUUAUUCAAGCCUACAAAAGAGCCUUACCAGUAUACAUCCCAGUUUAUUUAAUUCCUGCACUGAUAGUUCAUCGGCAGGGCCUAUUGAAAAGGCCUAACACUAUAUUGGGGAAGAGUCUUCUUGGUACUGCAAGAUCAAGCUUAUUUUUGUCUGUAUAUUGCACAUCUGCCUGGAUGUGGACAUGCCUACUUUUUAGGAUUUUCAAGAGAUGUAACAUUCCCAUGGUGGUGAUGGGGACGUUUCCUACUGGCUUGAGCUUGGCUAUUGAGAAAAAAAGCAGGCGGAUUGAGAUCUCUCUCUACUGCCUUGCCCGGGCUAUUGAGAGCUUCUUUUCCUGCAUGGCAGAUAGUGGAUAUUUGCCAGAGUCACAGAGGUUUAAAAGAGCUGAUGUGGUGAUUUUCAGCUUAUCAACAGCUAUCAUAAUGCACUGCUAUGCACAGGAGAGAGAAGUUUUUAGAUCCAAGUAUUUAAAUGUUCUAGAUUGGGUGUUCGGGGUGCCUCCUCCCCCUUGUGAAACCCCACGAUGCAAAAAUAGUUAGAGAAGCAAGUUCAGGAGCGAUUAUGUCGUGUUCUGACAAACCUCUCUUCUCCCAAAUUGAUUUCAGAGAAAUCAUCAAGAUGCUUGUAAUGUUGAGAGGCAUAUCUACUACAUGUUGGCUGAUUGAUGAUGCUUAGAUAUGGCAAAAAUUUUGCUGGAUAGAAUUAGCCAAGUCUAGCUUUUUUGUAACUGGAUUAGCUCAAAUGAAUAUAGUCGAGUGUUAAGAAUGUCUUGUGAGUUUUGAGUCCACAAGAAAACCCAACUAUAUUAUCCCUGUUAACAUGUAAACCUUAUCA